AUGGCGCGUUUCUUCGUCACCGGAUCGUCAGAUGGCCUGGGAUUGGCGACAGCGAAGCACCUGGUCGCACAGGGCCGCCAGGUCGUGCUGCACGCGCGCAACGCAGACCGCGCCAGAGACGCGACAGCUGGAUGCCCCAGGUGCGACGCAGUGUUGACCGCGCCUGGCAAGUCGGGGCUGCCGAGCCUCUUCACAGUCGACACGCUCGCGCCGUACAUGCGCACAUGCCUGAUGGCUCGCCCAAAGAGGCUGGUGUUUAUCUCGUCGCCGUUGCACUCUGGCGGGCAGCACAACUUGGGCGGCACCGAGGGCGGCCGCGACAUCCGAGACUCGCACUACGGGGACAGCAAGGUGCACGUCAUGAUGCUCACCAAGGCGUCUGCGCGUCGCUGGCCCGACGUGCAGUGCUCCACUGCCGCUCCGGGAUGGGUACCAACCAAGGUGGGCGGCGAAUCGGCACCCGAUCGUCUGGAGGAUGCCGUCGACACCUUUGCGAUGGUUGCGCUGGAUGAGGGGCCGUCACCAUCGCAAAGCUAUUUCGAAUACUUCAAGGAGCAGAAGCCGAUAGCGGUGGCUGGAGACGUGGCACUGCAGGACCAGUUGCUGGCCGAGUUGAGCCGAAGAAGCGGUGUUCCUGUGCCCGAGGAACAAUAG